UCAAAAACUGUUAUUUUCUUUCACGAUAUGAUACGGAAACCACCGACUCUUUUACAGCUUACAGAAAAGGAUCUACAGAACACGGUGCAUCUCUCAAAGUUUUCUACGGAUGGACCAGAAUCACCAUCGAUAAAACGUCGACGCUCCAAACAAUACUGUGAAAAGCAGACCAUCAACACCAGAAAACGAUUAGGCAUCCAUCAGACACAACUUUAUCAAGUAUUCUCCAACUCUGACCCUGGCUUUCAUCUGCUUGAGGCCUUGGCUUAGGUUUUACAAUCAUCGAUAUUCCCUCUCCCAGCAUUAUCACCCAUCAUUCAAUAAACAUUUACAACCUUGCGAUGAUCCAUGAACUCGCGUCAUCCACAGAUCUCGCAUCUUUAGUUUGACGUUUCUAGGAUCCGAACUUACUGAACUACGGUCGAUUUAUUGCUUGUUGAGAGGUGUCACAUAUGACCGAAUGGAACGACCUUGUGACAUUGCCAAUAAAAGCAGCUACAAUUAGGCACUCUAAAUAAAAGAAGAAGCUUGUUGCAUGCUGCCAAAAACAAUAUCAGGUCCGUUGUAAUCGCGACUUCUACCACGAUACCGUCAUAUCUUUCAUCAAGAUUCCAUAUUGACGAAAAUGCGAUAAUGGAAAGUUGAACCCAGCAAAAAAAGUGCGGUUGUCGUGGUUGCUGGAUUGAGUCCGUUUUGACUUUAUUAGUAAUGACUACCGG